AGAACACUAUGCAAACAUAUGCACGGCCAACAUUCAUCUACAUGCUAGUGCCGUGGGCGUUGCUCUUCAAGUUAUGACAUGCAAGUCUUUACACUGCAUAGACAAGUCGAUUUUAUAACUCAGCCGUGUUUAUUAGAGCGUAUCAACAAAGGAUGUAGUUACAAAACAGACUGGAUCGAAAAUGCAUGCAUGUUUAAAAGUGAAACAAAAAAAGAUCUGCGUUCGAGCUGAAUCACAACUGGACGCAUGUUGAGAUCAGACUGACAGGAGUUUCGAUUGUCGCUGUUUGAGUUCAAGUUCAUCUGAAGUGCGUUAUGGAGACUUGCGUGAUAGCCUUCGAGGAAAACCAAAACGAUAUCGUCAAGAUACAUUCGUGUUUUGCGAGGACGUUUUCAUCAAUGACAGUGGACGAUGUGUAUGAAAUCGCUAAAGUAGUGGGGUCAGAAUUGGAGAAGCUCAUCGACAGCUAUGGGAAGUCGAGUGUGGAGGGUCUGGUGUCUCACAUAGUGAAAGUGUUGGAGCUCUUGGAGAGUUUCGCGGCGAGAAAUCAAUCUAAUAAAUGUAAGGAAGAGGACCUAUUGAAGGCAUUUGAAACGUUACAGUUACAGCAGCAGAAGAAACGGCAUGUGAAGGAAUGCGAUGAGAGCAGCAACAGCUUAGAGAGUCGGGACUGGUAUCAGAAAGAGAAGAAACUGAAGGAGAACGUAGAAGUGUUACAGUCGCAGGUGCAUCAGCUCAAGGAAGAGAACCAGGAGCUUUUGACCCGCUUACAAUGCACACACUCCAAAGAAGACCGCACACAGCGUCAGGAACGAGAGGUGAUGCUCAAGCUGAAGGAAGUGGUGGAUAAGCAGCGUGAUGAGUUGAGAGCGAAAGUUCAGGAGAUAUCCAGCAUGUCCAAGGAGGUGGAAGCGCUCCAGGAGCAGCAGGAGCGGCUAAUGAAGAUAAACGCAGAGCUCAGACACAAGCAGAACAUCAUACAGACUCAGCUGAAGAGCGCAGUGGAGAGGAAGGCUGACAUGGAGGCCGACCUGUGCGAGAAACAGAAAGAGAUAGAGCGCCUGAACUCACAACUAGAAAGAGCCAGCGUGAAUACUGCUGCUGAAACGAGCAGUUCAGCCAUUGACCUCACAGAUAAGAUGAUCGUUGACUUGAAAGAUCCAAAUCGGCCUUGUUUUACCAAGAUGGAAGUACGGGAAAUGCUUUUUGAGAGGAACGAGUUGAAGGCCAAUCUCUUUCUGGUGAAAGAGGAGCUUGCAUAUUACCAAAGGGAAAUCCUGAAUGAUGAGAGAUGCCCAGGGUUUUUACUCGAUGCCGUGCGCUCUGCCAUAAAGAAGCAGAGGACCGUCAUAAAGUCUAAAAUGCUCGGCAUACCUGUUAGCGAAUGUAGCACAGAUGAGACAGAUGGCCCUUUGUUUGAGAGGAGUGGAAAUGAAGACAUCGACACUGACAACAGACCCCGGGACUCACGCAUCAGAAACAUAUUUGGUUUCCUGACGCGGUCCAGUCUUACUAAGAGCUCCGGUUCCCAGCCCUCUGACCUUCCGACAUCCAGCUCCACAUGGGAAAUCAUCGAUCCAGAUGAGCAGGGAGACGAGGGAGAGACACAAACCCUCAGCUCCUCUUGAGAACCACCCCAUCUGCCACUCAUCCUUACCUGGGUUUUUCAAAAUAUGUUCUUGAUCUCAUUUAGGUUUCGAACGAAGGAACGGACUGAAGAUUGUAUUGAGAGAACUAUUUCUCUAUCUAUUUGGUUAUACAGACAUGGUAUUUUUAUGGUUUUUGCCUAAGCCGUCAUUUUUACUCGUAGUAUAAAAAAGUCAGCACUUGGCUUUUGUUAAAUUAGCGGAUAGCUAGAGUUGAGCUUGAUGGUCACUCAAGAGAAGACCUGAAGAUGAGUUUAGACUGUCAGUCCUAUAUUUUGUUGUUAGUUGUUUACACUUCUGUUCGAAAGUUUGGGGUCGGUAAAAUUUCAAGAGCACCAAGGCUGCAUUUAUUUGAUCAAAAAUACAGUACAAACAGUAAUGUGAAAUAUUAUUACAACUGUUUUCCAUUUUAAUAUAUUUUAAAAUGUAAUUUAUUCCUUUGAUGGCAAAGCAUAAUUUCUUCAGUCUUCAGUGUCACAUGAUCCUUCAGAAAUCAUUCUAAUAAACUGAUUUAGUGCUCAAGAAACAUUA